CCAACCGAUUGAUAACGGUCGGAGGGGGCACCAUCAGCACGAAUCCGGUGGAAAUCAAAUAAUAUACCUACCUAGCUAAUAUAUUAUAAUGUCUAAAUCAAACACAAUUUUUGGAUUAGUCUUUCGAUCACUUCCAAUUUCGCCGUCGAGGAACACGUUCGUAGCUCGGACAAUUCGACGCCGCACGUUCAACACCAGCUACAGCACCACCGCCGACGAUAUGACUGUUGACAUACCCGCGACUGAUGAAAAGUCGGAAACGACACCGACCCAAACUGCUUGGUCAUCGAAAAUGAUUGCUUGGCAAGCUCACUCGUACAGCACCGUCGAUGAUUUGGUACUGACUAGCAACGCCCGGUCGCCGACGAUGGUGGAGGCCCAUGAAGUGUUGGUGCAUGUCAAAGCUUCGUCGGUGAACCCUCUUGACGUGCUCAUGGCCGAGGGCUUUGGUCAGGUACUGUUGAGCACUAUCCGUCAAGUAGAAAAAAUGUCCCUGCACAAACCAGUUGAAUUCCCGCUAACGUUGGGGCGUGAUUUUUGUGGAGAAAUCAUAGCUAAAGGAGUGAAAGUCAAGAGCUUUAAUGUCGGUGAUAUGGUUAUGGGUGUAGUGCCUCCCUUCCAUCAAGGUUGCCAUUCUGAAUUUGUCGCUGUUCCUGAAGGUCUGGUAGCUAAGAAACCAGAUCAUUUGACUAAUGAAGAAGCAGCAGGAUUACUGUAUACAGGCUUGACUGCAUGGUCUGCUUUGAAAUUGGUCGGUGGCUUAUACAUUCUGAAAGCUACUAACAAAAAUAUACUAGUCAUUGGUGGAUCCGGGGGUGUCGGUAAUUGUGCUAUACAAUUAUUAAAGCAUUGGGGUGCUAAGGUAACUACUACAUGUGAUUCAACUGCCAUAAACUUGGUGAGAGGUCUUGGACCUGAUAAUAUUAUAGAUUAUACAGCUAAAGAUGCACAACAACAGUUAGAAGAACAUGGAAAAUAUGACAUAAUCCUAGAUGCAGCAGGAAUAUCAUAUAAUAAAAUUGGUUCUUACACACCUUUAUUAAAAGAGUGGUCUUAUUCUACGUUUAUUACACUUAGUAGUCCCCUUUUACACAAUACGGAUUCAUAUGGCUUGUUUGGGGGCAUGUUUAAAAAUGCAAUUGACCUUCUAGUUCCAAACAUUUUAUCUGGAGCAGUAUUCAAAGGUUCUUCAAUACGAUGGGGAACUUUCCUUCCAGUUGAGUGUGGUGUAAAAGAACUUGCUAAAUUAGCUGAAGAAAAGAAAAUUUUAAUUCCUCUAGAAAAAACUUUUAAAUUUAUGGAUCUUAAGGAUGCAUACAAAAGAGUACAGGAAGGACAUUUAAGAGGCAAAGUUAUUAUAACUUUUGAUAAACCUAGUAUGGAUAAAGCUAGGUUAACUAAUUAAGUGUUUAUUUAUUAUAAUUAGAUUCUCUUUUGAUGUUUGAUUAUGGCAACAUAAUGAAUAAUCAUCAAUCAUUAUAAACAAUUUUGUUAUCUGUUAAUAGUUUUAAAAUAUAUUUGUUUUCGUGAAUAUUAUUUUCUAAGAAAUAUUCCUAAUAAAAAUAAAUUAAUACUGUUAAAUUAAAUUAUUUCUUAAAUAUUGAUAAUAUUACAAAAUUUUAUUUAGUUUUAUAAAAAAAAACUAUUUCAAUAUUACUUGUAUUAUAAUUGUUGAAAAUAAAUUAUUUUAGAUUUAA